AUGAGCUCCAACAGCACAGACCCUGGUCUCCUCCUGACUGUCAUUCCCUCACCAGCGUCUACAGACUACCCACCAUCCAAUGCCCUCCACCAUGGAGAAAGGGAAGGAGCACCUUGGCUGGUUUUAAAUCCAGACUCUGUCAAUGAUAGUUCCGCUUUCACCAGCAGACUCUUAAAUGUCAGUUUAACAAAUGGAAAUGAAACAGCUGCCAUUCACCCACUGGGUGGUCACCCCGUGUGGCAGGUUAUCCUCAUCGUCUUGCUGACUGGCACGCUGUCACUGGUCACCAUUGUUGGCAACAUUCUCGUAGUGGUGUCCUUCAAAGUGAAUCGCCAGCUAAAGACGGUCAAUAAUUACUUCCUGUUGAGUUUAGCUGUUGCUGAUCUCAUAAUAGGCGUAAUUUCGAUGAACCUCUAUACACCUUAUCUUGUAAUGGGCUACUGGGCCAUGGGCAACUGGGCCUGUGACCUCUGGUUAGCAAUUGACUAUGUUGCAAGCAAUGCGUCAGUUAUGAACUUACUGGUCAUCAGCUUUGAUCGCUACUUUUCAGUCACCAGACCUUUGACCUACAGGGCAAAACGGACCACAAAGCGAGCUGGAAUUAUGAUCGGCUUGGCAUGGUUUGUAUCGCUUGUCCUGUGGGCCCCGGCCAUACUCCUUUGGCAAUAUUUCGAAGGUAAAAGGACAGUCCCUUCAAAUGAGUGCUAUAUUCAGUUCCUCACAGAGCCUGUAACUACAUUCUGCACAGCCAUGGCGGCAUUCUACCUGCCUGUGACAAUAAUGAGUGUCCUCUAUUGGCGCAUUUACAAGGAGACCCAGAAUCGUUCAAAAGAGUUAGCUGGGUUGCAGGGUUCAGGAGGCCGUGGUGGAAUAGGGGGAAGGGUUGGUAACAUGGGUGGCGAGAGGUCACGUUUUAUGCAUCAGACAGGAAGUUCAAGAAGUUGCAGUAGCUAUGAGUUAACCAGAUUGUCCAAGAAAAAGAGCACAUGUCGAGAGCUGGUUGGACGCUUUCACUGCUGGCCUGGGGUCCGAUCCUGGAGACCUGGUAGUAUCCGGCACGGAGAUGGUGAUCCGGACCAGAGCAGCAGUGACAGUUGGAACAACAAUGAUGCUGCUGCUUCUCUAGACCACUCGGGGUCAUCAGAUGAUGACGACUGUGCCGGAGGAGAGAUGAUUUCCCAGAGUCAUGCUAUUUUUUCAAUUGUUCUGAGCCUCCCUGGCAUAAAGGCCGCCGUCAAUUCACAGCUCACCUCAUGUGAGGAUCUGGAUGCAGCCUCGGAGGAGGAUCCCCUGAGGGGAACUGAGUGUAACAGAGACAGCCUGUCAACAGUCACCACCAACACCACUGCCACUACUACACCUGAGGGAACAAACAGCUCAGGAAAUAGCUACCACCAACGAUUCUGCUCACGCAAGUCUCAGUCAAUGUCUUCAAUUCAAGCUAACUCUAACCAAGGAUUUCUGGAUGGUACUCCAACAGUCGCUACAGCCGGCACUCACAGCACUACAGCCAGCACGGCCACCAAGUCCCCUACUGUCCCAAUGUCCUUCAAAGAUGCAGCUAUGGCUAAGCGCUUCGCUGCCCGAGCAAGGACUCAGAUCACUAAGAGGAAGCGCAUGUCCCUAGUGAAGGAGAAGAAAGCAGCUCAAACUCUCAGUGCCAUCCUCCUGGCUUUCAUCAUCACAUGGACACCUUACAACAUCAUGGUGCUGAUCAAUGCUUUCUGUAAAGUGUGCAUUCCAGAGACACUGUGGGCAGUAGGGUACUGGCUGUGUUAUGUCAACAGUACAGUUAACCCAAUGUGCUACGCGCUGUGCAACAAGACCUUCCGUACAACCUUUAAAAUGAUACUUUUGUGCCGCUGGGACCAGAAGAAAAGGAGGAAGCAGCAGUUCCAGCAGAGGCAGUCUGUGGUCUUUCACAGGAAGAUUCCCAGGGAGUCCACGUAA